GAUAUAAAGAGAACCCCCCUGCAACAGGGAACAAAAGUUGUGAUUGUUAUUCAUCUCUCUGUUCUUUAUGUUCUGUUUUAAUUGAAAAUUAGAAUACCUGCAAACUCUCCUGCAGAGAACAACAAAUUCAAACAAGAUGACAGAUGUCAUGGUUCAGAAGUUCCCUUUUUCUUGCUCCCCAUGCCUUAACGAAGCUGAUGAACAGCCAGUCGCAGAGCAAAGAUCUCACCAAAGCAUCAACCAACUGGAGCAAGGAACACUGAAAGCAGCAAAGGAUCCAAAUAAUAACCCAAACCAAGCCAACUCAAAGCUGGAGUAUGAGGACACAGUGUCUGCAUCCAAGGUCAGAGAAGCACAGGCUCCCAGCACAGAUUCUGACCUCCAGAACAUAGAUAUGGUCUACUCAGAAUAUUGCAGUACUCAUUCAGAGCCUUCAGCGAGCCCAAAUAGCCCCAUUAAAUCCUCUCUGACUUCUGAUAAACAGGACAGGGAUUUAUCAUCAGUGGAGAAUAGCAGAUCUAAAUGCCAGGUCUCCUAUAAGACCGUGUUUGAGAAAUGGGCAAACCUGCAGUACGAAGAACAACGGCCAAGUACAAAGCGCCAGCUCUCUGCAGAGAGCGCAGCAAAGAGCGUGACUGUAAGGAAGAGGACCACAGUGGCAAGCAGUAAAGAAGAACCAGUAAAAUCUCUCACACACACAAAUCCUGGCACACAGCUCAGGAAAGCUGGUCUACCCAUACGCUUGUCCUGUCAAAGGCAGCCAAGAAGACAGCUGUUCACCAGCACUGGGGUCUUCCACAAAAUGGACACACACGUAAUUAGCAAAGGGAAGGAGCUGAAGGAGCAGGCAGUGUUCUCACCUCAGAGCAUUGCUCGCGUAAUAACUCAGGGGGCCAAAAACGAAUUAGAAAAAAUCAGGGCCAUAUGGGUCUGGCUCUGCCAUAAUAUUGAAUAUGAUUUAGAUGGGUACCUGGGUCUUUCCCCAAAGCUCUGCACCCCAGAGGAAGUUAUUAAGAAGGGUAGAGGAGUAUGCAGUGGAUUUUCCAGCAUCUGUCUGGAGAUGUGCAGGGAAGUUGGCAUUCAGUGUGAGGAGGUGAGUGGAUACAGUAAGGGCAUUGGGCACUGGCCUGGGCGCAGGCUGGCAGAUAAGCCUUCUGAUCACAUGUGGAAUGCUGUGUGGGUGAAGGGGCAGUGGGAGCUUCUCGAUGCCUGUUGGGGGGCAGGCACUGUCAACAUGGACACCAAAACCUUUAUUAAGAGAUUUGACGAUUUUUACUUCCUGACUGAGCCAAGAGACUUUAUAAACUCUCACUUUCCUGAUGAGGAGAACUGGCAACUUCUGGAAACUCCGAUCUCUUUGGAACAAUUUGCACUGAUACCAUUAAAGACUUCAGCGUUCUACACGCUGGGACUGACCCUUCAACAACCCACGCAGUACAAAAUAAUCACAGAUGAUGGAAAGACAACUGUGUCUGUGAGCUCAUGCCGACGGUUGACCUUUGCCUACGAGCUCAGACAGCGGGACACUGAGACAGGAGCUGCACGGCAGAACGAGUUGGAUGGCUCAUGCGGUCUGCUGUCAGUGACGCAGCAGGGCAUGAGUCUCCGUCUGCUGCCACCAGAGCCAGGAGCGUACGAGCUGAAGCUGUUCGCACGACCGGAUGGUGACUCGGGCACUCUGCUCUGGGUCUGCACUCUGGAGCUGGAGUGUCCGGCUGUCCAACAAAGUCAGUCAGUGCCCCCAAACCCCUAUCUGAGCUGGGGCUUAGGUUCCAAUGCAGGUGCGCAUGGGGUGAAGGCAUGCAGUGUGCCAAGCCAGGAUGCUCUAGAGGUUUGUGAGACAGGAGAGUGUGAGGUGGUGCUCCACACUUCGCGGCCCCUGAUGAUGGUCUGCGAGCUCGUACACUCCGAACUCGACUUUGCUCUGGCUAAGCGCUGCCUUGCGCUGCAAAUAGCAGCAGAGCGACUAGUGUGUAACGUGCUAUGCCCAUACAAAGGUUACUACCGUCUUUCUGUGUUUGUGCGUGAUUACGAUGAUGGAAGUGGCUCUUUUCAGAAUGUGGGGAAUUUCCUGCUGCGAUGCCGGGGCUUAGGAGUGAAUCAGAACAUGCUUUACCCUUCUGAUCUUAGUCCAUGGUGUGGACCAGGAAUGCGCACUCAAGCCGUCGGACUGUCUCACUUUAGCCACACAGGGGCAUUGGUGAAUUUGCCUCAGGGUCGCUGUAAUAUUACUUUUCACUGCUCCACAUCACAGCUGCAAAUACACGCGGUCCUCAGCGCUGAGUCGUGUCAGAAGAACAAAGAGAAGUCAAAUCAGGCCGGCUUUCCACUGUCACGACACAUUUUGCUCACGUUCACAGACAGCAAGGUGACAGUAAGUGUGUGUGUGCCGCAGCCUGGAGUCUAUCGCCUGGGUCUGUAUGGACGCACACCUCCUCAGCAAGACUACGCACCACUGUGUGACUACGUGCUACGAAGUACUUGCGACAGAUGCGGAGAACCUUUCCCAUGUGUGUAUUCGGCGUGGGGGAAAGGGUGCGUGCUGCUGGAGCCACGGGGAGGUGUACUGGCCCCACAGAGCUGGGUGUGUUUCCGCGUGCGAGUGUCUUCAGCGUGUAGGGUGAGCGUGCUCGCAGAGCAGCGAGUAGAUUUAAAAAUGAAUAAAAGCAGGGUGUGGGAGGGCAAGGCCUUUACAGGGGACAUCGCUCAAAUUAAACUGACAGCAGCCACCUCGGACACCAGCGACAUGGCCGUGCUCAUGACCUUUGAUGUCCUUAACCUGGAGAGCAGGCUGUGAUGGAAAAGAGAGGAAAAAGCAGGGGAGGGAGUCAAGAGUAUGUGAAUGUAUAUAUAUAUAUAUAUACACACAC